GAUGAUGGGUUCUUUCGUUCUCUUUCUUCCUGGUCGGGUUUCUCAUCCACUCACUUAAAGUUGGACGAAAAGAUACGUUAUUGCCUGUUAUUUGCAAAACGUAGUUUAAUGAAGCUAAUUUAGCUGCUAUGUAAAGGAUUUCGAACACGCCUAGAUCCCUUGUGCACGAAUAACGAGUCUGUCAACCGAGAACACGUGCCAACGAGACAAAUAAGCGCCGCCAUUAAAUUGCUAAAUUCGCCGGCACGAAAGGUUUGUCGUGGACAAAUAUGUUGCUUUGGAGUAACAUUAAGGGGCUAUUCGAAGAACGAAGUACAGUACGUCGGUGGAAAAGUUUUGUAGCUUACUGAAUUCGUGUUACGUAAAGCUGGGGUACAGUCGUGUACCGAGAGGCGAAUUCUUACACUGUAACAAGAGACGCACGUGUUAAGAAUGCUGUCGUGUUUUUACCUCUUAUGUGCCAGCUUUGAGCCAAAACGCCCCCAUUCUCCUAUAUCACGGAGUAUGUACCCUACGAGCCAUAGGCCUCGUUAAACGGGGUGUAUCCACCUCUUGUGUUAGCACUCUUAGAUUACUCUGAUGCAAAACCUCUUAACCUACGCCAUCGACUCUUCUCUGGUCAGUAUAUUACCGACCUAUGAGCGAGGAACGCUGGCAAACUCGAGAAGCCGUGUUGUGUAUGUUGCGAUUAUUGCGCUACAUUCUCUAACAUGCCGAUGAAGUUUUUUUUCCUCUGGUUGAUAGUACAUGUGUUUGUCAACCGAUCCAGGGCUCUAUAUGAUGGAAGAGUAAGAAUACGAACUCAAGAUGGCCAUUUGCAACUAAUGGUGCCGGAUGAGCGGAGUAUCUCUUUGAUCACUGGCCGGAACGGUCGGAUACUUUUUAACGGAGAAGAUAUAAGCUCUGCUUACCAAACGGUACGCAAUGUUUCACUAGAGUUAGCCACUCUGCGACAGCGGGAAUUGGCCUCUUUACAAACCAAGCAAUUGGAACUAUUCGCACGUCUUGAUGGUGAUACCGGAGAAAAUCUCCAUGAUCGCUUGGUGGCAUUGGAACAAUCUUUAGCCAAUCUAACCUCUCAAAAUGUCCAGACUGUAACAAAUGAUAGAACAGGAACCCCCAAUAACUUUCGUCGACUUAGGCGACGUUUCCAGACCCUUGAACGAAACGUUCAACGUCUGACGACGGCUAUCCAAACAGAUGACUGCGCCAGUUCACCUUGCAGAAAUGGCGCCAUUUGUAUUGACUCUUACAAUAAGUUUCAAUGUCUCUGCCCACCUAAUUGGGAGGGAACAGCUUGUGAUGUAGAUAUUGACGAGUGUGAUAGUUUCCGUGGGACGGAUUUGGGUUGCCAAAACGGUGCAACAUGCGUCAAUACGGCUGGGUCUUACCGUUGUACCUGUCCACCUGGAUGGUUUGGAGUUCACUGCACUCAAAGGACAGACGGAUGCAACAGUGGUACCAAUGAACAGAUUUGCGGCCACGGAAUUUGUCUUAGUCAGCCGGGCCAAGGAAGAGGCUACAUCUGCUUAUGCGAGCAAGGGUGGACCACAGACGGCGUUAAUCCUGGUUGUAUGGUUGAUGUCGACGAAUGUCUUUAUCCCAUUCCACUAUGUUCAGUUAAUCCCCGUGUCCAGUGCAUAAAUCUCCCUGGCAGCUUCCGCUGUGGAGCCUGUCCAGUUGGUUAUACUGGGAAUGGCCAUUACUGUACGGAUGUGGACGAAUGCCAGAUCAAUAACGGUGGAUGCAGUAUCAGCCCCCGCGUUCAGUGCACGAAUACUAUGGGUUCGCGAUCUUGUGGUCCUUGUCCACCAGGGUAUCAGGGCGAUGGGGUAUCUUGUAGUUUCGUUGGAGCUUGCACACUCAAUAAUGGUGGAUGUCAUCUAGAGGCGUUCUGUUACGAUAAUCCUGCUAUAUCAAGUUCGUACGUUUCCUGCCAAUGUCGACCUGGGUUGACUGGUAACGGUAUUGGUCCAAUGGGUUGUGUUCCACUACGCGGCGGUGGACGCAGAGGCGGUGGUGGUGGUCGUGGUGGUGGGGCGAUAGGACCUGUGAAUUACAAUGAUCCUUGCUCCCCUAAUCCUUGUGUUUACGGCACUUGUUCCAGGGUUGGUAACGAAUUUCGAUGCGAUUGCCAAGCUGGAUACGCAGGUCAAACAUGCAACAUUCCGUUGGAUGCUUGUAUGAGUUCGCCGUGUCUUAACGGAGGAACUUGUGCAACCGUUGGUCCAAAUCGACAAUUUCGCUGUAUCUGCCCGGCUGGGUUCACUGGCAACGAAUGCCAAAAUGAGAUACAAGCUUGUGGAGGGACGAUUUAUGAGACAAAUGGCACUAUUUCCUUCCCGUCUUCUGAUGGGGGUCUCUAUCCUCAUCAAAUCAGCUGUGCUUGGGUGAUCAACACGACUCCAGGAAAAGUGAUGAACAUGACAUUCACCAGAUUUCAUCUCGAGUCCUCUGAAAAUUGCAAAUUUGACUGGGUUCAGUUUCACGAUGGGGAAGAUGCUUCUGCCCAGAUAGUCGGACGGUACUGCGGCGAUCAAAAUUUUCCAGCCGGGUCAAUGGUCACCACUCAUAACCAGAUUUACAUGUGGUUUCGCUCGGACCAUUCGGUGAAUGGUCAAGGUUUUGAAUUAGUAUGGAACACUAUUGAUCCAGUGUGUGGAGGAGAGAUCUCUACGUCGACAUACGGUACAGUAAACUCACCUGGCUAUCCGGGCCACUAUCCAGCCAAUCGCGAUUGUGUCUGGUUACUAACUGCACCAUUAGGAAAACGAAUUCAGUUUACUUUCGCUACUCUUCAGUUAGAACAUCAUACCAAUUGUAGUUACGAUUUUCUCGAGAUUCGUGACGGCCUAGCUUUGACCGACAAUUCUUUGGGCAAAUUUUGCAGUACAGCAAAUCCACCGCCUCUGACAACGUCAGGGCCGUACGCUAUGAUCAAUUUUCACUCCGAUGCUACUUCGAAUGACAAUGGUUUUCACAUCACUUAUGCUGUUAUAAAUGGCAUACCAGGUUGCGGAGGUUUAUUGACUGGUCCGGGUGGAACCCUUUCAUCGCCCAAUCAUCCUGAUACCUACGAGCAUAAUCUAGACUGCGAAUGGGUUAUCCGAGCCACGAGAAACGAACGAAUCCGCUUGACUUUCACGGCCCUAUCGCUAGAAACAUCGCGGAACUGCGUUUAUGACUAUGUUGAAAUAAGGGAGGGUAACACACCGCAAAGUCCAUUGAUUGGCCGUUAUUGCAGCCGCAACGUGCCAUUACCUGUUCUUUCUCAAGGAAAUCAGCUUUUCGUGCGUUUCAAGUCCGACUUUAGCGUUGCAUCAAGUGGAUUUCGUGCACGUUACGAAACCGUUUGCGGAGGAACAUGGACAGAAUCUUCCGGAAUGAUUCAGUCACCGAAUUUCCCAUCACCGUAUCCGGCAAGCAAACAAUGUGUUUACGUCAUAGCCCUAGAUCCGGGUAAAGCUGUUCGGCUGGAUUUCCUCACCUUUGACGUAGAAGGAUCUCCUGAUUGUCGCUACGAUUACAUUGAGAUUCGCGAUGGAGAUAACAGCAAUUCUACGUUAAUUGGCAGAUAUUGUGGCCCACCGUCUCUAAUCCCUCCGCCCAUCGUCAGUACCCACAACUACUUGUGGAUCAAAUUUCAAACUGACGCGUCAGACCAAAAUUUAGGUUUCCAAGCCAACUAUUCUUCGAUUGACGUUGGAUGUGGAGGAAUAUUGACUAGACCGCAAGGCUUGAUUGCAUCUCCCCUGCAUCCAGAAGUGUAUCCGCAUGGUGCUACAUGUCGCUGGAUCGUGAGAGCCGGACCCGGAAAAGUGGUUCGCUUGCAAUGGAUGUCGUUUGCUCUAGAACCCGCACCCCCUUCAUGCUAUUUUGAUUCGGUAUCUGUCUAUGACAACAGUACCAUACCCAACACAGGUGGUUUGGUGGGUCGUUACUGUGGCACCGCCUUACCACCAUCGAUUACAUCGACUGGUGAUACGCUGACGAUUGUCUUUAAAUCUGAUACCAGUUUGGCAGCUGAAGGAUUCACAGCUACUUACGUCACCCUAAAUAGCUCUUUACUUUGCGGCGGUACGUAUUACACGGAGACAGGAAUGAUUGCCUCACCAGGAUUCCCCAACGGCUAUCCGCCAAGGUUGGACUGUUCGUGGAUUAUUCGUGCUCCUCUCAAUCGACAGAUUCAGCUGAAUAUAACGGAUUUUGAUAUGGAAAAUCACACUCAAUGUCAAAUGGACUACCUCGAAAUACGAAAUGGUGGAGGGCCAACUUCCCCUUUAAUUGGGACUUUUUGCGGUCGAAACAUCCCACUUACCAUCCCGUCACAUAGCCACGAAAUGUAUAUUCGUCUCGUAACUGAUUACUCCCUUUUUGGACGAGGUUUCCGUCUUUUCUGGGAUGCUACGGCCACCGGCUGCGGAGGCGUUUUGACUAGCCCAGAAGGCUCCAUCGUUUCGCCUGGUUAUCCAUCAUCGUAUGGCGAGAAUGCUGAAUGCAUUUGGAGGAUUGAAGUUUCUCACGGAUCUCGCGUACUGUUUGCCUUUGUUGAUUUGGAUAUGGAAUCGCAACCCUCGGGCUGUGCGUUUGAUUAUGUUGAGGUUCGUAACGGCAGAGAUCGUCGGGCACCGUUAGUUGGGCGUUAUUGCAACUCUUUCUCGCUUGUACCCAUCGUCAGUAAAUCAACGAGUCUCUAUGUAAAAUUCAAAUCCGAUAGUAGUCUUGCCGGAAGAGGAUUCAAAGCCCGCUAUGAAACUUUGUGUAAUACCGAGUUACGAGGUCUAAGUGGUGUCAUCGAAAGCCCGAAUUUCCCCAACAACUAUCCACACAAUCGCAAUUGUACGUGGACCAUUGCUGCCCCACUUGGCAAUAGGAUAAAUCUAACUUUCUCGCAUUUUGACGUCGAAGACCAUGGCUCUCACGAAUCAACCGAGUUGGUGCCUGUUAAUUGCAUGUAUGAUUUUGUUGAAAUCAGACAGCCAAACGGAACCCUGGGCCGCUUUUGCGGCUCUAGCCUGCCACCCGAACUGGGUUCAACUCAGGAUAAAGUCAUGAUUCAAUUCAUGUCUGAUUUAUCUGUUGCCCAUAACGGUUUCCGUUUGGAAUGGCGAGUCAUUGGAUGUGGUGGAAGGCUAGCGAAACCGUUUGGUAGUCUAAAAUCACCAGGUUACCCAUCUUCAUACCCGUUUAAAACAGACUGUGUCUGGGAAAUUGAGACAGAACCAGGCAGCCGAGUGGAAUUAACAAUUAAAGAUAUCGAUAUCGAAUCAGCUGUGAGCUGCAACUACGAUUUCCUUAGAGUUCACGGAGGAGCGGAUGAGACUUCUCCCAAGCUAGCUGAAUUUUGCCAUCGCCAAGAUAAACCCGUCGUGGUAACGGCCAUUGGUAACCGUAUGUACGUUCAUUUCCACAGUGACGAAUCACUCCGUGGUAAAGGCUUCAUUGCAAGUUUCAAAACUUUACCGAACGGUUGCGGUGGUUAUUACAAAUCUCCUGCUGGAAUUAUUCACUCGCCAAACUAUCCCCAAAACUACGACCAUGACGCUGACUGCACAUGGCUUAUUGAAGUGGCAGUUAAUCAUGUCGUUGUACUGAAUUUCGUCGACUUUGAUGUUGAACCCUUCACAAACUGUACCUUCGAUUAUGUGGCGGUAUAUGAUGGACCAUCGUUAAAUGAUACGGAAAUCGCACGUUUCUGUGGCAGCACUUUGCCUAAUCCACCUUAUAUUCGAUCCACUUCAAAUCAAAUGUUUAUUCGCUUAAAAGCUGAUGGGAGCGUUUCGGCUAGAGGAUUUGUAGCCAACUAUACAACAGGAUGCGGAGCAAGUAUUACCGUCAAUCAAGAAGAUAUUGGUGAACUGACAUCGCCAAAUUUCCCUCAUUAUUAUAGUAAUUGGUUUAAUUGCACUUGGACUCUGACUGCCGCUAACCCAGAUGACCGAAUCUACUUGAUGUUCACGCAUAUGGAUUUGCAUAGCUUCGUGCCGCAAUCUUCUGCCAUCACUGCUGCAGAUACUAACUGCACGACGAGUUUUGUUCGUGUCCAAGAUGGAGAUGAUUCUGACGCACCUGUGGUCGGCAACUAUUGUCUUACCAGAGUUCCAUCACCAAUCACCAGCCAGGGUUCUUCACUCUACGUACGCUUGCAAACAACACCGUUAAUGUUAUUGGGCGCUGGAUUUCGUGCAACAUAUUCUGUCUUGUCUCAAGCUUGUGGGGGAGAAUUCACUUCAGAACACGGAUCAUUCAGUUCGCCCUCGUUUCCGAACUCUUAUCCUGUUUCAACGGAAUGUAUUUGGACAAUUUCAGCUUCAGCUGGUAACCGAGUGAUGGUCUCUUUCCGCAUGUUCGACAUCCAGGAAACAGAAUUCUGUAACGGUGACUACCUUGAAAUAAGAACCAACAAUGGUGGAGGUGAAUUGUUAGGACACUUUUGCGGCUCCGGAUUUUUGCCAAGUAACAUUACAGCAGCCAACAAACUUUGGAUCAAAUUCCGAUCAGAUGCCGAUUCUACAGCACCCGGAUUCGUUGCUGACUACAGUUUGCUUCAUGGAAAUGAUUUAAGUGGAAACCGAGGAGAGAUUGCUUCACCUUUAUACCCUCAUCCGUACAUUCACCGAGAUGAUUUCAGUUGGCGAGUAACUGUAGAUAACGAACGAUUUGUCCGGCUAUAUUUCUAUCCUCAAUUUUCACUCGAACGUGAACAUGAUUCUACUAUAUGCAUCUCAUCCGUACUGGUUUACGAUGGAUAUGAUGAGCAAGCCCCCUUGUUGGGAGAAUACUGUGGGGAAAUUCGACCUCGACAGAGAUACGUGAUUGCUUCCGGCAAUGUUGUCUACAUAGUCUUUCGCUCCCGCUCAAUUGAAGGGUCCUUCUUCCGGCUUCGGUGGAAUGCUGUUUUGAGUAGUGCGCCUACCAUGAUCUCGACACCGGCCCCCGUGAACUCUAGUGUGGUAUGCGGGAACGAUUUUUUCGUGACGGAUGGAAACUUCACCAUGGUUACGAGUCCAGGGUUCCCAAUUGGUUAUGCAAAUAACCUCAUUUGUACUUGGACGUUAACUGCUGAUCCACAUUACAGAAUAGCCAUGACACUAAUUACACUUGACAUGGAAGCUGGAUCAUGCAUGUUCGACUACGUUGAGAUCGCUAAUAAUGGAGAUGUCAGACCACAAUUACUUGGACGAUAUUGCCGACGUGAUCAACAAGGAUUGGUGGUAACGUCAGCUGGAAAUAGCGCCACAGUAACUUUCCGUACCGAUUCUACGGUUAAUCAAACUGGUUUUCAAAUCAACGCCAAAACCGUGUGUGGAGGGAUCGUAAGAGAAUCACGUGGUGUUAUCAAGUCCCCUAAAUAUCCGGCAAAUUAUCCUGCUUCAACAACUUGCGAAUGGGAUGUCAGCGUUCGUCCGGGAAGAACGAUCAGCGUUAGCUUUGAUAAUAUGCAAAUUGCAUCAGAUAUGCCAGCGUGCUCACAGGACUAUGUUAUCCUGCGCAAUGGAGAAUCUGUUGACUCACCGGUGCUAGGCAGCGGCAGAUUGUGUGGCAAUAGCAUUCCAACCGGUUCAAUGGUCACAACUGGAAACCGACUUCACAUCAAGUUUGUGUCGGACGGCCAAACCAGUUCUGCUGGAUUUCAAUUGAGGUUUGAAGAGGUUCGAACGGCUUGCGGCGGUCGACUAACACUCACCAACGAUAUAAGAGAAAUCACAAUCGAGUCGCCAAACAGACCGUCUCCUUCACCGCCAAACGCAGAAUGCGAAUGGAUUAUUCUCGCUCCCGGAGGACAUGCUGUCCAAUUAGACUUUGUUGGCCAAUUGGAUAUACUCAGUCAAUAUGCUUGUCGUAGUGCUGGAGUGGAAGUGCGAAAUGGGGGUACUUUAUCCUCACCUGUGCUAGGCCGGUAUUGCGGCCGAAAUGCGCCAGGAUCGAUUUUCUCAACAGGCAACAGCCUUCAUGUUCGCUACUUUAAUUCAUUACAAAAUCCUGGGACUGGAUUCCAAGCCCGCGUCUCCAUUGCUCGCUGCGGUGGAACGAUUGUGGCGUCACGAGGUGUCCUUAUUUCACCGAAUUAUCCGUCUUCUUACGAACCCAACACAAGGUGUGUAUGGACUAUUCGUGGCCCAGUCGGUCACUACAUGAAUUUUCAAUUCACUGAUUUGGAUUUGCCGCCUAUCGCCGCAAUCGGAGGAAAUUGUUCGACCGUUGAUUAUGUUGAGAUUCGUGAACGCAAUGCUACAAAUGAAGUAUUGGCGACAGUUUGUGGAAGUGAUUUUUCAAAUGUGAUUUCCAGCUAUUCGAAUGAAGUAGACGUCAUUUUCCAGACUGGCAGUCGAGUUUACAAUCGGCAGGGAUUCCGGAUAACAUACAACACUAGUAUAGACGGAUGCGGCGGAGAUGUGAGCGGUUCUAGCGGAAUCAUCCAAUCUCCUAGCUAUCCCAACUCGUAUCCUCAUGGGCGCAUAUGUAUUUGGAAAAUACGUGGACCAAUCGGACGCAGCAUAACAUUAACUUUUACCGAUUUCGCGCUGGAAGGACCUCUGAGGCGAGCAGGAAGUACUCAAUCAGAGUGCCAGGAUUUUGUCUACGCUAUAAAUGGACCCGACAUUCAAAGUUCUCCGCUGUACCGGAAUUCAUCAAAGCGGUGUGGUUCAACACUGCCAGAAAUUGUCAGCUCUUCCGGCAACAAUAUGAUUCUGAUUUUCCGAACGGAUGGUUCCGUCACACAUAGAGGAUUUUCCGCCCGAUACGAUACAGAUCAGCCAGCAGCAUGUGGUGGAGAAUUAAAUGGUGCCGUUGGGUCUUCCGGCUACUUUACAUCACCCGGUUUUGUAUCCCCCACAUCGGGCAAUUAUAGCAAUUCGCUUUACUGCGAAUGGCAAUUGGUCAAUACCGAGCCGACUAAUUCAAGCGUGAUUUUCACUAUCGAUGCGAUGGAUAUUGAGGGUCGUUUGCCCAAUAGCGAUCAAUGUUCUUUUGAUUCUCUCAGCUUCUAUGGAGGUUCAAUGCGUAUACCUAUGGGGCAAUACUGUGGUAACCAAACUAGCGAUACUUCUAUCUACAAUCCGUUCCCGGAAUCUCUCAUCCGCUUCACGACGGAUAUGACCAUAACGGGCAUAGGAUUCAACACGACCUAUCGCGUGUCUCCGUGCGGAGGGGACAUUACCAACCCACAAACGAUUUCUUCGCCUAAUUUCCCUACCUAUUACGGACUUAACGUGGACUGUGUCUGGUUAAUCGAUUUGUCUGAGAAUGGACAACAGGUGCAAGUUACCUUUGACGAUAUGCAACUCGAUUCGGAUGAUUGCUCCCAGGAUUACCUGAGAAUUCUCAAUGGCCAUAUGCCAACUUCGCCACAGCUGGGCCGUUAUUGUGGUUCGACCCGACCCAACGUCAUCCGUUCACAGAGUUCUUAUCUAUGGGUCCAUUUUCAUUCUGAUAAUGUUUCAGGAAACUCAAAGGGUUUUUCAAUAACCGUGGACGCUGUAACAUCCGGUUGUGGUGGAAUUAUGCACAGUCGGACUGGAGUAAUAACAAGUCCUAAUUAUCCAGCGGCUUACGGUACUGACGCUGAAUGCGAAUGGGAAAUCCGUGUUGAUCCGGGCUACAAAGUGAUUGCCGAUUUCUUCCAACGAUUUGACCUGGAAAACAGCACCAAUUGUCAAAACGAUUUCGUUGAGCUUAUGGACUGGAAAAAUGAAACGUGGCAUUCUCUUGGACGUUUCUGCGGAAAGCAAUUCCCAGCGACCAUCACUACUUCUGGCGAGACGAUGAAAGUCCUUUUCCGCUCUAAUUCCGUUCAUCAGGGUGACGGAUUCCGCAUGCGUUGGAAAGUUGGAUGCGGAGGAGAAUUUGACAGUCCAACUGGACAAAUAACAUCACCAAAUUAUCCGCAACGUUAUGGCGAUAAUCUGUUGUGCAAUUACACCAUCACCGCAACUCCGGAUACCUACAUCAUUGCCAAAUUUAUAGACAAGUUUGAAAUUGAAUCUCAUCCGCUUUGCAUUUAUGAUCGACUUGCUGCCUAUCAAGGCAAUAGUUCUAUAUCUGCCCCAAUUGGCCGUUACUGUGGGUCCCAAAUUCCACCACCGAUCGUUAGCCACAACACGUUGUUUAUGCAAUUCCGCACGGAUGGCUCCAUCAGUGGAUCUGGAUUCAAAAUCAGCUAUACCAAACAAGAAUGUGGUGGAACCAUUACGUCUCCCACCAUCAUCAGUUCACCCUCGCAUCCGGAUACUUACUACAAUAACCUUAAUUGCACCUGGAGGAUUGAAGCACCUGCUGAUCAAGUGGUCGAUAUCAAAUUCCAAUCAUUAACAUUGGAGACGCAUCGAGACUGUCGCUAUGAUUGGGUUGCUGCUUACGAAGGAUUACGGGUGAAUCAGUCUCAGUUACUGGGUCGCUAUUGCGGCAAUUUCACCUAUCAAUUGCCUCGUGUUAAAAGCCGUGGGUCAAAGGCGCUUAUCCAUUUCCGUACUGAUUGGAGUGUCAGUCACGGUGGAUUUAGCGCUAGCAUCCGUUUUACGUCAGGUGAAAGACAAGGGUGUGGAGGGCUUAUCAAUCUGACAGCCAACGCUCAGCAACAAUUGCGAGCACCAGAUGCAGCUGUGUUGCCCCGCAACGGUCACAUUGAUGGCGAACUAGAUUGCCAAUGGACUGUGAUUGCUCCACCUGGCAAAGUCAUACGACUUCAACUGACUCAAAUCGAUAUGACAGAGGGCGGUUGUUCUCAAGACUAUGUCGAAGCUAGAGAUGGUGCAGGCAAAAGUGCGAGUCUGAUUGGUCGCUAUUGUGGUAGUGUUGUGCCAUCGUCGUUGAUCGGCUCUACCAACAUCAUGUGGAUCCAAUUAGUAACGGGAACGUCAAACAGACGAGCCAACUUUGUUGCAACUUUGUCGUACCAAGAAACACCUUGUGGCUCAACUGGAACGCUGGAUGCUACUGAGAUGAACCAAAUACUUUCAUCUCCAAACUACCCGGCACCUCCUGGUGCGAAUCUACGCUGUCGCUGGCUCAUUGACGGCAACUCAACUGCCGUCCAAAUACGUUUCCAGCAUUUAUCGAUCGGCUCUGCUGACUCCGCCCAAUGCACCAAUGAUCGUUUAGAAAUUCAAGAUAUUAUCAGCGCUAGCCAGAAUCAAGAGGCCAGUGGGGAUUUAAUAUUGAAUGGCGAUGGGGCAUCUGUCGUGACACUAGAUCAAAAUCAGAGAAUCAUAAUCCAGAGAGAAUUAGGGCAACGUUUGACUUUUUGCGGUACGCGUUUGCCGCAUGAUGUUAUCUCAUCCGGCGGUGCCCUAGCUGUGACUUUGAUCACGGGAAAUUCAGCUGAAUCAUCAGGAGGUUUCCAGCUGCAAUAUUCGUUAGCAACAUGUAAUCGAAGCUACGAAGGCGUCGAAGGAAGAAUCGUCAGCCCACGCUGGCCGGGAUUUUUCCGCUCGAACGAUUACUGCCAGAUGACUAUCGAAUCUCCAGCCAACACUACAAUUUCCCUCUAUUUUAACCUGUUUCGCUUGAUGAACAGUCUGAAUUGCAGCGUCUCUUCACUAGAGAUCCGAGAUGGCGGCACGAGUUCCGAUCGUCUCCUUGGUAAUCUCUGCGGUUCGGCUCUACCCAACUCGAUCUUUUCAUCUAGCAACAGGUUGUGGCUUCAGUUCAGACCAUCCCUAUUGCCACAGAGAGGUUACGAUCUUACCUUUACCUCCACUCAACAAGGUCCUGGAUGCGGAGGAGCUGUGUUUAACACCCGAGGUUCUGUAACGAGCCCCGGUUUCCCUGGCAACGUUUCUCGUGCUACCGACUGCCGAUGGGAGUUAUCUGUUCCAAUUGGAAUGAUUAUCAAAAUCGAUUUUCCCAUGUUCCAAUUCGGACCAUCUGAUGACUGCAUGAAUAAUUACGUGGAAAUAUCAGAUAUUCGUGCAAGUCCAGACGGGACAUUAGGAGAGGCUUGGAGAGCGCGCUACUGUGGAAACGAUCGGCCAUCGACUUAUGUGGGCUCUAGCAAUGGAGCUACUCUUCGUUACGUCACCUCAACGAAUAACACCGGAUCGGGAUGGAGAGCUGUCUUCCAGGGCGUCACCAGUAUCCAUGGCAACCAAUAACAAUUGCAACUCUCCCACAUCAUUGAUAACGCAACCAUACAAAGUUUCCCCUUUUUUUUUUGGUUUUUUACUUAAUCCAUUUUUUUAAAUUUUAAAUGCAAAACACGUGGGGGACUCUUUGUUUCCUCUCUUUUUCAUUUUUUUUUAAAGAUUAUUAAUCACAAUAGGUAUGGGUUUGUUUGUUAUGUAUCCAUAACUUGUUAUUCCAUUUUCAAUACGAGACAAUAUUGACAAUUGA